CCCAUGAUGUCGUCCUCGUCCCCCAGUGAGUCUUCUUUGAGCGGCGGGAUGGACGAUAGCAGAGGAGCCAAGAGUCCGUCCCCGGGCAAAGCCCUGAGCCCGGCUCUGGUCUGCAAAGUGUGCGGAGACACCAGCAGCGGGAAACACUACGGCAUCUACGCCUGCAACGGCUGCAGCGGCUUCUUCAAACGCAGCGUGAGGAGGAGGCUCAUUUACAGGUGCCAGGCCGGUACAGGCAUGUGUCCAGUGGACAAAGCUCAUCGCAACCAGUGCCAGGCGUGUCGGUUGAAGAAGUGCCUGCAGGCGGGCAUGAAUAAGGAUGCAGUACAGAACGAGCGGCAGCCCCGCAGCACAGCUCAGGUCCGCCUGGACUCCAUCGACGUGGACCCUGAGAAGGAGCACCUGGCCACCACACGGGAGCCCACCUCCUCUUCCUCCUCCUCAUCUUCCUCCUCCUCUUCCUCCUCCUCCUCUGUCAUCACUCCCCAGAACAACCACCGCUUCAUGGCCAGCCUCAUGACGGCCGAGACCUGCGCCAAGCUGGAGCCCGAGGAUGUUGACGAGAACAUCGACGUGACGAGCAACGAGCCGGAGCGAGCGUCCUCGGAGUACCACAUGGCUCUGUACCCGUCCAGCUCCGAAAACGUGUACGAGACGUCAGCGAGGCUGCUCUUCAUGUCAGUGAAGUGGGCCAAGAACCUGCCGGUGUUUUCCAACCUGCCCUUCAGAGACCAGGUGAUCCUGCUGGAGGAGGCGUGGAGCGAGCUCUUCCUGCUCUGUGCCAUCCAGUGGUCUCUGCCUCUGGACAGCUGCCCGCUGCUCUCUAUGCCAGACCUCUGCCCCGGCAUGCAGGGGAAGACCAGCUACACCAGCCUGGACCUGCGCCUCCUGCAGGAGGUCUUCAGCCGCUUCAAGGCCCUCGCCGUCGAUCCCACUGAGUUUGCCUGCCUCAAGGCCAUUGUACUCUUCAAACCAGAGACCCGUGGCCUGAAAGAUCCAGAACAAGUGGAGAACCUGCAGGAUCAGUCUCAAGUGAUGUUGGGACAACACAUCCGCUCCCACUACCCCAGUCAACCAGCCAGGUUUGGAAAGCUGCUUCUUCUUCUUCCCUCUCUGCGUUUUGUGAAUUCGGAGCGGAUAGAGCUGCUGUUCUUCCACAGGACCAUCGGAAACACUCCCAUGGAGAAACUGUUGUGUGACAUGUUCAAAAACUAA